AGAUACGAAAUUUCUUGGUCUAUGAGGUCGAGCUGACAAAAAAAUUUUUGGAAAUAUUCAAGGAAGCUCCUGCUCAUGGCAGUUAUGGCAAACACAACGAAAAGGAACCGAAUUCGAGAGGAGGAUAA